CCUUGGACCAGGCCGAAGGGCUCAGCCAGGAGAUUCGGAAUGAGAUCUGUUACAACAUCCUGGUUCUGUGCUUGAGGGAGCUGUUCGAGUUCCAUUUCAUGCAGACAGACCCCAACUGGUCCAACUUCUUCUAUGACCCCCAGCAGCACAAGGUGGCUCUUUUGGACUUUGGGGCAACACGGGAAUAUGACAGGUCCUUCACCGACCUCUACAUUCAGAUCAUCAGGGCUGCUGCCGACAGGGACAGGGAGACUGUGCGGGCAAAAUCCAUAGAGAUGAAGUUCCUCACCGGCUAUGAGGUCAAGGUCAUGGAAGACGCCCACUUGGAUGCCAUCCUCAUCCUGGGGGAGGCCUUUGCCUCCGAUGAGCCCUUUGAUUUUGGCACCCAGAGCACCACCGAGAAGAUCCACAACCUGAUUCCUGUCAUGCUGAGACACCGUCUUGUCCCCCCACCUGAGGAGACCUACUCCCUGCACAGGAAGAUGGGGGGCUCCUUCCUCAUCUGCUCCAAGCUAAAGGCCCGCUUCCCCUGCAAGGCCAUGUUCGAGGAGGCCUAUAGCAACUACCGCAGGAGGCAGGCCCAGCAGUAGGGCUGGGGCCCAGGCCAGCUCCGAGGGUACUGUGUCCUUCAGACAGGCCAAAAACCAGUAGGGAGGUGAUGGUGAUGCUCUGUUUAACUCCUUUGCCCAGUUAGAAGGGGUGGCUGGUUCUCCUGGGAGGCAGGGGCCACCUGG